UGUAUGGACCAUUGGUAAAAGAUAAUAAAAAAAAAGUCUAUAUAAGUGUGGCCUCUCUCAACUCAAUGAUAUCACCAACCUACAAAGUUAAGUGAUAUGUCUGGUACUGAAGAAAUGUCAAAAGCUCUCAAAGCCACUACUCCUGGUUUUUGCGAUAUGCCAUCUACCAUCGUUCGAGCUAGCAUCGUGCAGGCCUCCACCGUCUACAACGAUACUCCCAAAACUAUAGAAAAGGCAGGGGAGUUUAUUGCGCAGGCGGCGAGUGACGGAGCGCAGCUGGUGGUGUUCCCCGAGGCGUAUAUCGGUGGCUAUCCUCGUGGAUAUAGGUUUGGCAUAGGGGUUGGCGUUCAUAACGAAGCUGGUCGUGACUGUUUCCGCAGAUAUCAUGCUUCUGCCAUUGUAGUUCCUGGCCCUGAAGUAGACAAGCUGGCGGAGAUGGCUAGCAAAAACAAAGUGUACUUGGUGAUGGGAGCGAUGGAGAAGGAUGGGUAUACACUUUAUUGCACAGCCCUUUUCUUCAGUUCCGAAGGUCGCUUUUUGGGCAAGCACCGUAAAGUCAUGCCCACAUCUCUGGAACGUUGCAUCUGGGGUUACGGAGAUGGAUCAACCAUCCCUGUCUACGACACUCCGCUUGGCAAACUCGGUGCUGCUAUUUGCUGGGAAAAUAGGAUGCCACUCUUAAGAACUUCCUUGUACGGGAAAGGAAUUGAAUUAUAUUGUGCACCUACCGCUGACGGUUCCACGGAAUGGCAAUCGUCGAUGAUGCACAUUGCAUUGGAGGGUGGAUGCUUCGUGAUGUCGGCUUGCCAGUUCUGCCUGCGUAAAGAUUUCCCUGAGCAUGCCGAUUACUUGUUCACCGACUGGUACGACGAUCAACACCAAGAGGCUAUUGUCUCCCAGGGCGGUAGUGUCAUUAUUUCACCAUUAGGAAAGAUUCUCGCCGGACCAAACUUUGAAUCAGAGGGUCUCGUCACUGCUGAUCUUGAUCUUGGCGAUAUCGCACGUGCCAAGUUAUACUUCGAUGUGGUCGGACAUUACUCAAGGCCAGACAUAUUUAACUUGAGGGUAAAUGAGAACCAAAACAAACCGGUUACAUUCGUGUCCAAGUCGGUGAAAGCGGCGGACGACUCAGAGCCUCAAGACAACUAAUCAAAGAUAUAAAGGUCGUUAGUGCCAGUCAUAUGUUAUUGUCAGUUCAAAUAAAUCUGUUUGAGAAACUAUGUUAAGUUUGUUUAUCCUUAUAAUAAUUUAAAAGACCCGGCUGGACAUGGUUUGAUCUAUCGUGUCUGAUAAAACCAAUCGGUUUAUUUUAAGUUGAAAUGUGUAAGUAUCAUAUCUAGAA